GUUUAAUUAUCAAGAUACUGUUUAGAUUAGCAGUUAUAUCAUCACACAACAUCUCCUUAAUGCAUGUGAAAUGUGCAACAGAUGAUAAUGAAAAAUUGAGUUAUAAAAUUCCCUCUAUCCAAAACUACAAAAACUUAAAAAAAACCCCCUUCAAACAUUUGGAGAACCAACAAGAAGCUACAAGAAAUUUUAUUACAAUUGGAGGAAUCUUAAGGCAUAACAACAGGUAGAUUCGCUCCUCAGGAGGGUCCCUUUAGUCGUCCUCCUUAAACUUGCUCCAAUGAUGUGUUUUGUUAUUUGACUAUUGCCAACACGUGGUUUCCGUUGUCCCAAAUUCCCCAACUCUCCAGAGCCUUAAAAGAGUGUGAUCAGAUUUCUGAACUUCAAUUUUUACUGAACUAGUUGAAUCAUAGAAAUUCCUCACUUUUACAAGUUGGGUUUGGUUUGGUUCUGGGUCUGAUUUUGUUUUUUCAUGUGAUCAUUACUUUCUUUGAAAAGUAUAAAAGAAUUGCAAAGUUCUGGCUUUUUUGCUAUAUCUUUGUUCUUUUCGUUCUUAUAAUUCUCCUUUUGUGGGGCAUGUUUUUCUCUCGUCUUUGAUUUGUAGGCUACAACUGUCCCUCAUUUAUCAUCGUCCUUCUUCCCCUUGUUUUCACUGCGAUUGAUAAGUUCAUAAAAAAGUUUGGAACUUGAUACCAGAAUUUCAUUCAUUGUUCUGGUAAUCCGGUGUUUGCAAGUGUUUGCUCCACAAAGUUUGAAUUUUUGCUAUUUUCUUGACAAAGCAUCCGAACCCUCUAGCUAUUGUUGCUGUUGAUUUUAUUGGUUUCAGGGAUUUCCGGUGCUUCUCUGGCUUCAACAUGGGAAAUAUAUUUGUUUACUGUGAUGCAUGAAGAUACAUUAACAUGAUUGAAUUGGUAAAGAACAAAUGUCUGUGGUAUCUUGCUGCAUUCCAGUUCUUGAGUGUGUAUAUUGUUUAGCAUGUACCCGUUGGGUAUGGAAGAAAUUCUUAUACACUUCAGGAAGGGAAAGUGAAAACUGGGGUCUUGCAACUGCUACAGAAUUUGAGCCUGUACCUAGACUCUGUAGAUACAUUUUAUCUGUAUACGAGGAAGAUAUUAGGAACCCGAUUUUGGAUAUCCCUGGAGGGUAUGGUGUUAAUCCAGAGUGGAUUGUUUUGAAGAAAACUCAUGUAGAAACUGAAGGAAGGGUAACUCCCUAUAUGAUUUACCUCGACCACGAUAAUUCAGAUAUAGUGGUGGCUAUUAGGGGUCUUACUAUGAUUAAGGAAAGUGAUCUGUUGGUUCUCUUCGACAACAAGCUUGGUCAAACACAAUUUGAAGGUGGUUAUGUUCACAAUGGCCUAUUGAAGGCUGCUCAAUGGGUUUUUGAAAGAGAUUGUGCAAUUUUGAGAGAAUUGUUGGAGAAAUAUCAGGAUUACAAGUUGACCUUUGUUGGGCAUUCCUUAGGGGCAGGUGUAGUGACCCUUUUGACCAUAUUGGCGAUUAAGAAUCGAGAGAGGUUGGGUAAUGUUGAUAGACGAAGGAUUAGAUGUUUUGCAAUUGCUCCGACACGGUGCAUAUCAUUGAAUCUGGCUGUCAGAUAUGCAGAUGUUAUAAAUUCAGUUGUUCUGCAGGAUGAUUUCUUACCUCGGACGACUGUAGCGCUUGAAGACAUAUUCAAGUCACUUAUCUGUUUCCCAUGCUUGCUGUGCAUGAUGUGCCUGAAAGAUACAUGCACUCUGGAAGAGAAAAUGCUGAAGGAUCCCAGGCGACUAUAUGCACCCGGUCGCCUCUAUCACAUCAUUGUAAGGAAGCCCUUCAGCUUAGGGAAAAUAUCACCAACUGUGAGGACAGCUGUUCCUGUUGAUGGGCGUUUUGAACAUAUUGUUCUUUCCUGCAACAUGACAUCAGAUCACGGUAUAAUUUGGAUACUGCAAGAAUCUAGUAGGGCACUUGAUGCUUGUCCUCUGUGCAGGCAUUGGUGGAGAAAGAGCAUGUCAUGGAUAUUCCACCAGAACAGAGGAUGGAAAGGAAGGCAUCUCUAGCCAAGGAACACAUGGAGGAACACAGAGCAGCUUUACAGAGAGCGGUUGCUUUAGAUGUUCCCCAGGCAUACUCACCAUCAUUUUAUGGAACAUUCCAUGGGACAGAGGAACACGAGUAUUCCAGCGGAACUGAGAUCCCGUCUGAUUCAUCAGACUGGAGAAGAAGCUGGGACGAACUAGCUGGGCGUCUAUUUGACACAGAUGAGUCUACGAUGAGAUAGUAUAGGCAGGAAUUUUGAUGAUACAUGGGUGCAGUAAUCUUCAUUCUUUCAUUCUUACCGAUUCCGUUCCUGAGGGAAUGGAAGCUCUAGAUGCUAAGAGAGCAUAGGUAGACCCUUCUCUUCAAUAGGUAGAAUUUUUGUAAUUACAGAAGACAAUUAUCCGUCUAUGGCACUGAAACUAGAACUUAGUUGUAUACCACGACUGUUGAAUUAGGUAAAUAUGGCCGAAAGAUAAUUAGGAAAGAACGUUCAUUCAGUCAAGCAGCUCGAACUUGGUAAUUUUUAUCUUAGUUAUUGAGGGUUUGAUUUUUAUUGCUAACAGAUUUACUAGUUUAUCAAAAGUAAUUUAAAGAAAGCUCUCAACUUUCGUAUGACCCUCAAAGCAAGAUUGUGGUAUAUGAAUUUCGUUUCUCAA